AAUUUACUCGUCAUUCUACACACUCCUUUUUUCAGAUUAAUAAAAUACGAUGGCAAAUUGAACCCAAUCGCAUAAAAGUAAACAGAAGAAAGUGAAUAUAUAAAAUUCUUACUUGCUACGCAUAGUUUUGUUAUUAAAGAGACAGUUUUUACGUGUUUUAGCAAGUUUGUGGAAAUAAUUACAUCCACAAUGAGUGAGAAUCCAGAGUUAUUAUCUCAAUUUACGGCUAUAACUGGUGUUGACGAAGAUAGAGCAAAGUUUUAUCUAGAGUCCUCUGCAUGGAAACUCGAUAUAGCUAUCAGCAGAUACUAUGAAAACGAUGGCUUAGAUGUAGAAGAAAGUGCACCAGUUCAAGAAACAAGUGAAACAGAGGAACAACAUCCAGUGACUCCCCCUAAACCAAAAUCGAAAACAACUAAUUCAAAUUUUGCCACUUUGAAUUCAUUGGUGAGUUCAAGUGAUGAGGAAGAUGAAGAAGGCCAAGCUUUUUAUGCAGGGGGAUCAGAACAUAGUGGCCAACAAGUUUUAGGGCCUUCGAAAAAGAAAGAUAUAGUUUCGGGAGUGUUUAAAUCUGUGCAGAAGCAUGGAGUUGAAAUUGUUGACCAGAAACCUGGUAGUUCGAAGGCUUUUAAAGGAAGAGGAUAUAAAUUGGGUCAAACUGCUGAUGAUUCAGUGGAAGUUCCAGGGGCUGCAGGACCAGCUUCUUCCCCGGAAGUUACUUUAAAAUUGUGGAAAGAUGGCUUUACUGUGAAUAAUGGAGAUUUAAGAGCAUAUACAGAUCCAGCCAAUACUGAAUUUUUGCAGAGUAUCCAAAGAGGUGAAAUUCCUCAAGAGUUACGCCAAGGCACUUCUGAGGUUUAUCUAGCAAUGGAGGAUCAUAGAACAGAAAUGUUUAGAAAGGGUGGGGAUGCAGGAAUCAAACCAUUUACAGGUCAAGGGUAUACAUUAGGUAGUCCCGCACCACCUGUUAUUGGUGCGCAGAGAGAGGAAGAUAAACCUGCAAAUGAAGCUCGUGCCAAAGAGGCGUUGAAUGUUGAUUCUUCUAAGCCAACAACUAACAUUCAAAUCCGUUUAUCUGAUGGAUCAAGGCUUGUUGAACAGUUUAAUCAUACUCACACAGUAGGAGAUGUUCGUCAGUACAUUCAAACAGCAAGACCUCAGUAUCAAACUAGAAACUUUAAUUUAUUGUCUGGAUACCCAUCUCGUAUUUUAGAGGACUCACAAACUUUAGUAGAGGGAAAUUUAUUGAACUCUGCAAUAAUGCAGAAAUUAAUAUAAUUUUUUUUUUCAAGGACAUCUCACACUUUUGUUUGUGCUUUCUUAGAACAAUUUUUUAAGAAUGUAAUAAUACUAAUCAUAAAUAUUUAGAAGUAAAAAUGUAUGGCAGACAUUUGAAAUCUAGUUAUUGAACAUGAACCAAUUACUGUAGGUAUACGUAAUCAUCAGAUAUGUACAUGCUGUAAUACUAACUAAUACCAAUUAAGUUUAUCAGCAGUAUGGUCACUAAUUAAAACUCCAGCAAUACAUAUUCGUUGGAUUUAUGAACAGCGUGUUAUUAAAAAUCAUGUGAAUAAAAUAUUUGCGGUGACUAUUGUAAAGAACGUCACGGUGGAUCAUGUAAACAAACGUUAAAAGAAAAAAUACGCUUGACUGACGAUACGGAUGGCUAGUAGGACACGAAUUAUAUUCUAAUUAUUAAAACUAAUUACAAGUAGAACCUUGCAAAAUAAAGAAUGUCAAAAGGGAUCUAGUAGAACUACCACAUAAGGUACUAAAUUUUAGAUGAACGUUGCCUACAAAGUAAUGUAUACGCAUGCACUAAGCUUAUUUAGUUUUAAAGAAGUAAUACUUCUAUUGUUACUUUCAAAUACUUAAGUAAAGAUCUAAAGUUUAUUACUUAAUUUUCAAGUCGCACGCCAUCUCUUGGAAUAUUUACGAAAGGUGCACACGAAUAUGAUCAUACGGCCAUCAUGUAUCAUGUCAUCCAUUGUCAAUUUAUCUAGAAAGGUAACCUAGCUGUUAAAAUUGAAUUUAGUAGAAGAACCAAGAAAAGGUAAAAUGCCCAGCAAAGAUUAUGAACAACCAUCAUCGAAAACCAAAGACUUACCACAGGAAAAUAAAGAAAAUGUGGUUGAAGCCGAAAUUACUUUGACAGAUAAGUUGAAUAAAAAUCUUCUGGAAUCAUUCCUGUCUAGAAUAAAUGCGUCUGAUAAAGCUUUCGAAAAAUUUGUGACGACGAAUGGCAAUAACAACAUACCCGAAGAAGAAUGGUGUUCAUAAAUAUAUGUCAUAAAUGAAUUUAAGCAUUAAAAUAAUUUAUAUAUAAAAUAUUUUGUAACAUAACCUAAAACUUUAAAAUGUCACAAUAAAGCGGGAAAACGAAAA